CUGACAUACAUACAUUAGUUAAUACCACGGCGCCGAGAACUUUGUUGGUCUUGUCUUUGUCUUGUGUCUCUUUUCUAAAUAAUAUUUUCUCUACACGAUUUGACUUGACCGAGCCCUUGGUAUUUUUUUUGGAGGGGGGUAGUACUCCUUUUUGGUGGUUUUUUUUUUCUCGUUACAUAUCAAAAACCCCUUUCGCUCCUUGGGUUGCCUCUUCAUCAUUCUUGCUACUCGUUCUUCUUCUCUCAUCUAAUUAUUUCCUGUUCGUCUUGCUCUCGGCCCUUUUCUUGUUUCUGCUUCCCAGGCGAGGAUUCUUCUUAUCUCCGGGUAAUCGCCUAACUAUUGGUUAAUUACCUAUUAACGAAAACGGGAAGGAGAAGAACCAAACGUUUUGAUAGAUUUUUAGUCGAAUCAGGGAUUAGUUACCGUGUAGUUACCCGCGUGGCCAAAAAAACAAAAAACAAAAAACAGACCCGAAUGGAGCCCCCCCGGCCCCGACGAUCCCGACCCCGGCGGCCGGCGAACAGCCGGUGCUGGCAGGUGGCGAAGCUCGCGCUGCAGACGACGUCGCUCGCGAGCUGCGCCAUCGUCGUCGGGCUCAGCGCCGCCACCACCUUCGGCGCCGGCUCCGGCCAGGGGUACCUGACGAUCCCGAUCGCCGUCGGCACCGCGCUGUGGACGGUCGCGGAGCUCGUCGCGCUCUGCGUGCGCCGGAAGACGAGCCCGGGGCGCGGCAUACACCCCGGCGCGCACGUCGGCGUGCAGCUGGUCAUCUUUCUGGCAAUGAUCCUGGCGCUGUUCUACUCGUGCACGCUGUGGAGGAGUGUGCAGCGUAGUAUUGUGCCGUGUAAUGAGUGGCUGCCCGAGCCGGGGAAUGCGGGGUGGGUGACGCCGAAUGGGACGGCGUAUGAGGGUGGUGGAUACGAUGGGGAUGAUGAUGACGGUGAUGAUGAUGAUGGUGGCGAUGAUGAGGAUGGCUGGUAUAAUGGCCGGUAUAAUGGCCGCUCGUUUUACUGCCCUGAUAGCUACCGCGCGGUAGUCAACGACCCGGCGUACCGCGGGGCUGUGCAGGCUAUCAUUGCGUUUUGCGCUUUGUUGUGGUGAGUACUUACUUACCUGCAAGAUUCGAUAUCUGCCUACCUAGUAGUAAACUGCUGACGAAGUAUCCCAGGGUCAUCCAUUUCUCGCUCUUCGUGCGCGCGUGCGUCGAGACGCAACGGCGGAACAAUGACGAGCCCCCGCCUGUUAUCAUAUACCCCCAGUCCGCGUGGCCGCCGCAGUACAUGUAUGAUGACGGUCGGUCUGCUGAGGCGCAACAUCAACAUCAACAUCAACACGAUGGCCCCCAACAGGGGGUCCCGAUACAUAUGAAGCACGCGCAUUAUGGAUAACACCGCGCCAUCCAUCAUCACCUCCCGUCCGAUUCUAUGGUGUUCCGGCCGU